CGGGAGUCGUGUGCCAACGCCAUUCCUGCGCACCGACAGAGCUGGGAGAUCCGGCGAGUGGUGGACGCGAGCGUUCGUUCGGGACACAUUGCGCUGGGCUCCAUGUCGGGGAGUGUGCGCGCCGACAUUGCGAUGGAUCUGCGCUACACGCUCUUCGUGCCUGAACGGCUGCUGCAAAGCGAAUUCGACACGUUCGAGCACGUUCCUUCGACCCUGCCGGGCCUUGACUUUUUCGAGAAGGAAGAUACCACUAAGGACAGUAUGUACGAGGCGCUUGGGGCGCCUUGGGACUUCGGGUGCGAGAAGCACCGUGCGGCGAUCCUCACGGAGCUGUACCUCGUGACGAAGGACCGCGCGCAGUGCCGUCUGAAGAAGCUCCCGACGGCCGCGGACGCGCCCUCAGAUUCGAAGGGGCCCGCAGGUAAAGAACCGG